AUCAGGCAACAGCAACUUCCUGGCGUUGCACACAGCUCCUCACCAGCCGUUAGGAAAGAGCUUCUGGUUUCAAGGGAGGGUGACCUCAGAGAGGCUUGUCCCGAAUGCUUCAGGUGGUCUUUAGCAAGGAGACGAGCAUACAGGAAAGCAUCCACUGAUGGAAGAUGACGCAUGUGGAGGAGAGAGACGCUGUGGUGAGGCACCUUCGGGCAAAGUUCCAAGAGAACAGGAAAGAACCUCCCAAAGUGGGUGGCUGGCCAGAGAGUCGCCCUGCAGCCUCCCAUGGACCAGAACCAGGACAGAUGCCUGCCAUGGCCUCCAAGGGUGAUCCUCCUCCAGAGCCCCCCUGGAGCAAGAGGGUGGGCUGCAGCAGGGCCUCUCCAUCUCACAGUACAGGUCAGAGUCUGGGACAGCCUUCACCACAGCCUGCCUGUGAGACCCCGGCACAAACGGUGCGCCAGAGGAAGGGGAUGGCUCAAGAUGCCAACUUCCACCCAGUGCCUGCAAAGCCAGGAGGAAAUGUGUUCAACAAGAAGGUGGGACCUGGCUCUGCUCCUCCCCACAGGAAGGCAGCCCAGCAGACACGGCCACCCGCCAAAGACAAGGGGGCUCCAGCGGUUCUUGCCAAAGGCGCGGCUGUUGCAGCCCCCCUGUUCUCUGUGGGAGGCCCCCAAAGGGCAGAGCACCCAGUUCUGCCCCGGAGGAAGCCUUUGCCACACGUCAGGGCCCUGGGAGUGAAGCCAGCCAAGCCCCAGCGCCCUCCUGUUGUGGAUUUGGCAAAGUUCAGAGCAGCUGCACAUCUUGGGACAUCUGUCCGUCCUGCCACAGAACCACCAAGGAGUGCUCAGCUGGGUGACCUGAAGCCAGGCUGUGUUGCAUCAGUGCCCACACAGUUCCCACUGCAGGAUGCUCCGAGUGGCACGGGGGAUGGAGAUGAGAUAUACGACGAUGUUGAGCCUGUUGGGUUCGCCAGGAGAAGCCCAGGCCUUCUGCUAUCUUCUGUGUCCCAGCUGCCAGUGCAUCCCCGCCCCAGAGGAGGUGGAGAUGCUGGCCGAGCCUCGAACAGGGUUACCUUGCUGGCAGCUGCACAGAGAGAAUCCCAGGUCUCCCAGAAGAUGAAGACCAGGACACUCAAGGAAUGCAAGAAGGAAGAGAAGAUGGACAGGGAGUUUCAGAAGAAAUUCAAGUUUGAAGGCAGCAUCAACGUCCUGACUCAGAUGAUGGUCGACCCUGCAGCAACAGAGAGGAGGGGUGGAGGGAAGAACCUGCCACUGAGACGGGGAGAAAUCCUUGAUGUCAUUCAGUUUACAAAUCAGGAGCAAAUCCUCUGCCGGAACAGCCAGAGGAGGUAUGGCUACGUGCCCCGGGCUGUGAUGCUGCCUCUGGACACUGACAUCUAUGAUGACGUUGAGAUUUAUGGCUGAGCCAACCACACUAGGGCCAAAGGCACAAGACAGCACCACAGAGACCUCCCCAAGGGCGGCAACAUGAACAGCAUUAGACACCAGGCUGCUUUUGUGAAGGAGCUCUGCUUCCUGUGAGACAGACUGCAAACCCACCGUGUCGCUGCCACGGACAGGCAUGGCUGCUCAGCACAUGGGGCUGCCCAGAUCCCAUCCCAUGGGGCAGGUGGCCACAGAUCCUCAAGUCACACCUUCACUGUAGCUCUGUUUUGUCUGUGUAAAAUAUGGCAAUGUUUCAA